GAACUCGGGAGGAGCGCCACCGCCGAGAAUCGCCGGCGCUAGCCCGGCAUGGCCAUGGCGUCCCCGGCCAUCGGGCAGCGCCCGUACCGGCUACUGUUGGACCCAGAACCUUCUCGCUAUCUGCAGAGCCUGAGCGACCCCGAGCCGCCGCCCCCGGGCGGGUCCUCGCGCCGCUGCGCCCCCGCGCCCCUCUCCAGUGCGCCCGGGGCGCACGAGGGACGAGGUUCCCGGAGGGCUGCCCGGGGGCACUUGGAGCCCCAGCCUCGGGCCUCCCGACCCUCUCGCCCUCUCCGGCCUGGUCUGCAGCAGAGACUGCGGCGGCGGCCUGGAGCGCCCCGGCCCCGCGACGUGCGGAGCAUCUUCGAGCAGCCGCAGGAUCCCCGCGUCCCGGCGGAGCGGGGCGAGGGGCACCGCUUCGCCGAACUGGAGCUGCGGAGCGGUCGGGGCUGGUGUGACCUGUGCGGACGAGAGGUGCUGCGGCAGGCGCUGCGCUGCGCUAACUGUAAAUUCACCUGCCAUCCAGAGUGCCGCAGCCUCAUCCAGCUGGACUGCAGUCAGCAGGAAGGCCCCUCCCGGGAAAGACCCUCUCCAGAAAGUACCCUCACUGCGACCUUCAGCCAGAAUGACUGUAAACCUGCAGAGGAGCCACGGUGCCCGCCCACGCUGCAGGAGAUCAAGCAGAAGAUCCACAGCUACAACACGCGGGAGAAGAACUGCCUGGGCAUGAAACUGAGUGAAGAUGGCACCUACACGGGUUUUAUCAAAGUGCAUUUGAAACUUCGGCGGCCGGUGACAGUGCCUGCCGGGAUCCGGCCCCAGUCCAUCUAUGAUGCCAUCAAGGAAGUGGACCUGGCGGCCACCACGGACAAGCGGACAUCCUUCUACCUGCCACUCGAUGCCAUCAAGCAGCUACACAUCAGCAGCACCACCACGGUCAGUGAGGUCAUCCAGGGGCUACUCAAGAAGUUCAUGGUCGUGGACAAUCCCCAGAAGUUUGCACUUUUUAAGCGGAUACGCAAGGACGGGCAAGUGCUCUUCCAGAAACUCUCUGUUGCUGACUGCCCCCUCUACCUGCGCUUACUCGCGGGGCCUGACACGGAUGUCCUCAGCUUUGUGCUAAAGGAGAAUGAAACUGGAGAGGUGGAGUGGGAUGCCUUCUCCAUCCCUGAGCUCCAGAACUUCCUAACAAUCCUGGAAAAAGAGGAGCAGGACAAAAUCCAACAAGUGCAGAAGAAGUAUGACAAGUUUAGGCAGAAACUGGAGGAGGCCUUAAGAGAAUCCCAGGGCAAACCUGCCUAGCCAGUCCGGCUUCCUCUUCUCCCAGUGUCCACGGAUUUAUUUUUAUUAUUAAUUAUUAUUUUGCAACAGACACGUUUUCUCAGGACACCUCUGGUGGGUGCGUCUGUGCCCGCCCAGCAGUUCCAGACGUGGCACAAAAUCUCUGAUGAACACAUGCGUGUGUGGGGUUGGGGCCUGCCCGCCACCACGCUGUGCCCACUGCACACUGCCCAGGAGCAGCGCUCGCUCAUGUGAAAGAUCAGCCGCGUCCUCUCACCAUCUGCAGGCCUUUCACAAACCAAAUAGUUGCCUCUCUCCACACCAGCCAGCAAAAGAAAGAAAAAAGGUUUUAAAAUUUAUGUUCUUUCUCUGGCUUUUAUUCUUCAAUUUCUUUCUAAUUUCCCAUCAACGGUUCCUUUAUUUAUGAACCCAAAAUUGUAGCAUAUUCCUUUAGCAGGUCUGUGCUAAGCCCAUGAAAGCAGGACAAUGCUCCGUAAAAGGACUGUCCCCCACUGUCCCCAGGUGCCCGUUUUUCAUGCUUAAGGGAUGGUCAUAAAGCCACUGGCCCCAGAUGCUCAGGUCAGGAGCACCAAAGCUGAGGUUACCUGAGAGAUUUCCAGAGAAGCUGCUGCCAGCCCUGGCCCUGAUGGCUCAAGAGUCUGUGCACACAUAAACCCAAAGGCAUAUAUCUCUGUGUAUGUGUGGUCUUCAGCCACAUCUCUGUCAACAACUCUGUUUUUAAGUUUCAAUAUUGAAUUUAAUAUUGCCAUCAUCCUCAUGUGUUUCCCCCAAAGGGAAACCCGCCACUUACCAUUUUUAAAGUCUCCUGCUGAGUGCGGAAACCAGGCAGUCAAAGCCAAAAAGUGUUGCAGGUAAAUGGUUCAAGCUGUCUUCAGUCUUCCCCAAGCUAGAGAGCAGGGGAGGCCUGGCUGCCUUGGUUGCCCUUUGGCCUCCAGCACUGCCUUUCUUCUCCCACUGGGACUCUGGGAUCUCCAGGUGCUGCCAGAAGAGCUGCCUUGAGUACAGAGCGGGGAACCUCCAACUCAGCCAACUUGGAGUCCUUUGUGUUCGAAGCAUGGCCAGCAAUGGGGCUGGCCUCCCGCUGACCUCAGUGCCUUUUUGUUUUCAGAGAGGGGCAGGAGCAGGGGCGUUUGCAUGAGGCUCUGGCUUGCUCCUGCCAGGAAAUGAACCGCGGUGGUGUGGGAGACAAGGCCAGAAGGGCCUUCCUUCCAAGUAUGGGAUAAGGGUCACAGACCUCCUUCUCAUCUAAGGUCCCGGGUUCUGACUUCCAAGAAGUGAGGUCAAACUGCCUGGACAGCACGGAUCAGAUUCCCGACUCUACGUUUAUACUGGCUCCUUCCUUAGGUUCAAACUUAAAAGUAGCCAAACAAUUCAAGCAAGUAGCCAGGACUGCAGAGACACUCCAGUGCAGAGGGAGAAGGACUCUGGACUUUCAAAGUGGAGCCGGUCUUCCAAUCCAGCCUCUGAGAGACCCUUUCUUCGCUGUCCUCUGCCUCCCCAGGUCUCUCUUGGGUUUGUUCAAGCCCACACUUCUUUGUGUAGCCUCAGAAGUUCCCUCCCUGGCCCUCGCUGAGUCCACACCACCCCUGAUCCCAGAAAGAAUGCGGACCCCUCAUCAUGCAGACUACUUAGUCUUCAGAGCUGCAAAAACAGGACAAGCUAAGCAGCUCAAAAAGACUUUUUACAUCAUAAAAGCCCUGGUUAUCUGCCAUCUCCUGCUCAGCCUUAUCCCAUCCCUCCCUUAAAAAAAUCUCUCUCCCUGCUGUCUACUGACAGAGGUGGGUGCAGAGUCCUCUUUCCUUCACGCUGCAUGUCUGUAACAUGAAUAGAAGGCACGGCUCCUGCUGCAACUGCUGUGAAUGCUGCUGAGAACCUCCCUCAGAUGGGGUGGCUAUUUUAUUUUUGAGAAGGAAAAGACGUCAUGUACAUAUAUAUAUAAAGGCAUACAGCUAUAUAUAAAGAGAUAGGGGUGUUUAUGAAAUAAUAAAACUAUGAGAAAAUUCAGACUUUAUCGAAAGCACAGUUAGACCAGGACCCAGGCUGAGGUCCAAGCCUCCGAAACAGUAGUGUGUAGGGAGUAUCCCUUCCCUCCCAGGGGGGGCAUGACUGCUGGAGUGCCUUCUACCAUUGUGUUGCCCGGUGUGUAAGUGUUUGUUUUGAGGCUAUUUUCUUUUUAAAUGUCUUUCUUAUAUGGGUUUUAAAAAAAGUAAUAAAAGCUUGUCGCAAAAAUGAUUCAGACCAGAGACGUGU